UUUUGUCUUUUCUCAAAAGACCAAUCUUGACAGAAGGCGCGCAUUCCACCGCUCUCGCAAGCAUUCACUCACACAUUUAUACCUCUCUGCAACUUCUGCAGAAAAAUUAAAAAAAUUAAAUCCUACGGCCAGGCCAAAUGCAACGGCUGUGACAACGAAAACCCACAUGAUCAUUUAUCAUGAUUCAUCACCGCAAGACGACAUUCUGAUUUUAUUUCGCUUCCAAUUUUUGUUGUUGUGUUAUUUAAUUUUAGGGUAUGGGCAGAGAUCGCUGUUUCUCCUUAUCUCUCCGGAUUUCCUGCUCAACUGAAUCGAAGAAGAAAUCGAGAGGAAUUUCUAAAUGGGUUGAGUUUGUUAUAUAAGUUGCGUUGCUUCUUUGUUUCUUUCUCUGCGCUCGCGGCCGCUGAUUUUCUCCUCUUUUUUGGCAUUUUCAAGUCAAGGAAAACUAACUUUUCUGUUUUUUACUUUCCUUGAGAUAAUGAGGGGUUUUGGAUUCUUGUGUUUGUUCAUGUUGAUUGGGACAGCUGCUUUCGUUUACCACGGCUAUUCUAGUAAAGGAAGAUUCAGCUCAAAUCCAGCUGGUUUCAUGUACCAUGGUUAUUCUAGUGCAGGAAGCUUAAUCUCAAAUCCAGGUAUGGUUUCAACAGCGAGCAAUGCUAUGACAUUGGUACUGAAAAGCAGGAGGCUUAAGGAGAAUAGGUAUCCUCCUACACCACACAGAGACGAAGCUCAUAUUAAUUUGGAAGAUUACCGGCCCAUCGAUCCAGUUCCAAAUUCGAAGGCUUCAAUAAGACCUGGACCCAUCCAGCACGGUACUCCUCUAAUGCCUUAUAUCCCCAAUCCUUCACCUACUCCAGGUAAACCACAGCACGGUGGCUAACACUUGGGCUCACUCUCAUCACUAAUAAUACCACUUCCAUCGUUCUCGCUGAGAAUGAUGUAACGACUAUGUCGUUUCAAGAAGAUAUUCAGCUAUCUUGUCCAAUAUUAAAUAUGUUUGUACCUAAUGAUGAUGCAGUUUAGUUCAGUGUGUAGUGCUUGUAACAUUGUGAUUCCUUCUGCAUAUUUUCCUAAUGAGAAGACAAUAGAGAACUUUAAUAUCUUUGUCAUGUAGUUGAUAUGUGUAUUCUUACAACCUUAAUCUUGCAAGUUAGUUUAUUAAUGCUUUCUUACACAAUGAUUUA